UUUUUUUUUUUUCUUUUAUCUCUCUUUUAUUAUUAAUUUCUCUUUCUAUAAUUCCAUCUAAAUUUGCGAGAGAAAAACAACAUUAAUUGUUUGUUUAAAAAAUAAAUAAAAAUUUUAUUAAUUUUCAAGUAAUAAUUAAAUAUUAUUUAUUAGUUUUUGUUUAGAAAAAAAAAAUAAAAUUACAAAAAUAAUUCUACAACGAAAUAAACAAAAGAAAAAAAUUAACUUUUUUGUUUAAUUUUUUUUUUCUGCCAUUUGUUUUCAUCAUUGAACUUGAAAUAUAUAUUUUUUAGUAUUUUGCAAUAAAUAUUCUUGAUUAAUAAAAUUAUUUAAUAAUAAAAAAAUAAUAAAAAUGCGUCAACUUUUGCUGAUUGAAUUGACUGAUGUCGUGUUGGAGCAUAUUCUUGGUUUUCUAUCAUAUGAUGAAAUAGCCAAGAAUCGUAUUAUUUGCAAGCAGUUUGACAGAACAUGUCAAAAAUUAUUAAAUCGUGGUUUUAGUUUGAUGGAAAAAUAUCAUGCACAAUGUUAUAGAUCAGUUAAGGGUCAAUUACCAAGAAGAGAAUCAGAAAGAAGAAAUCAUCGUCUUUCUCGACACAGUGAUAUUUUAAGUGCCCUAGAGACAAGAAUUUCAAUGAUGUCAAUGACAUUUAUUAAAUAUGUCAAUAUGCGUAUUUGUUGUUUUAUACCAGGAAAGGUUAUUGACGAAGCCUUUCGUGUUCUUCGGAUGCUAAUGGAAACAAGAAAUGCACCACGUGCACAUGAAGUACUUCAAGAAUUACGUGACAUAAGUAGCAUGGCUAUGGAACAUUUUGAUGAAAAAAUAUUACCAGAAUUAAAAAGUAAUUUAUCAACAAUAAGUACAUCAUAUGAACUACCAGGAAGAAGUAAUUCAAUUUUAUCACAUCAUAAUCCAUCAACAUCAUCAACUUCUCAUACAUUUAAUCAAAUAAAUAGUUUAACACCAGAUAAAUUAAAUCAAACAAUUAACAAAGCAUAUAAUCGUGCUAAAAAAAAUAAAAUUAUGUGUUUUAAUACAAAUAAUAGAGUCAUGAAAAUAAGAUUAAGAUUAAAACGACAAAGUAUACAAAUGCGUUUACAAAGUAAAAAAUUACAAGAACAAUCUAAAAAAAUUCAUGAACAAGAAUUACAAUUGACUGAAAUGAGACGAACAUUGACAGAAUGGGAACAAAAAAUGGGUGAUAUGACUGCUGAAUAUUUAAGAGCAAGAGAAGAUACACAACAAAAUGGUAUUAUUAAACCAAUUGAUAAUAAUAAUGCUGUUACAACAAAACAAUUACAAGCUAAAAAACGUAAAUUAAUUGUUGAAAGAAAAUCAUCAACUCAUGCUGCUGAUGAUAAAUUUAAAAAAUUCAUGUCUGAUCUUUUAAAACCAUCAGAUUCAGUAUCAACUGUUUAAAAUAUUCAAUUUUAUAUACAAUUUUCCAUUUUUUUUUUUUUUUUUUUUUGUACAUUUAACAAUAGUUUACAAAUUUUUAAAAUUAUUAUUUGAAAAAAAAAAAAUAUACUCUUACAGUUAUUAUGAUUUAAAGAAAUGAAAAAAAAAUUAUAUAUAUUCUUUAUUUUGAAGAAAAAAAUAAUCAAGAAGCUAUUCUUCUAUAAAAAAAUAAAUAGUGUUUAAAUGAAAUUUUUUUAUUUAAAUACUUGCAUGUAUUAAUUGAUAAAAGGUUUUCUUUUCUUUUGUCAAUUUUGCAUAUUUUUUCUUUUGUUAUUAUUGUAAAUUUAAAUAUUAUUUAAAAAUUAUCUUAUAUUUUUUAAAUGUUCAUAAAGUUUUUUCAAUUGUUCAUCGGUUAAUUUAUUUUCACGAUGACAUGGUACACCUGGUCUACGUAUUGAUGUUGAAUAUUUAUCUAUCAAGGUAUUUUUAAUUGACUGAUUAUCAUCUGUAAUAUGUAUUCAAUAUUUAAAUAAAUCAUCAAUUACCAGAUUA